UGGGAUUUGAACGAUCUUACGUGUCAUUCCCAGAGUCUGAGUGAUUCAGAAGACCUCCUGAGCACUUUUGGUGAACAAAAUCCCUCCCGGUUGCUCUCCUGUCAUUGAUGAGCUGUAGCUAACGGUUGCUAACGGCAGAAGCAUGAAGGCUUUGAUCCUGGUUGGAGGUUACGGGACCCGGCUGCGACCGCUCACCCUGAGCGUCCCCAAACCGCUGGUGGACUUCUGCAACAAACCCAUCCUGAUGCACCAGGUGGAGGCGCUGGUGAAGGCCGGGGUGGACCAUGUGAUUCUGGCGGUGAGCUACAUGUCGGAGUUGCUGGAGAGAGAGAUGAGAGUCCAGGAGGAGAGACUUGGGAUUCGUAUCUCUCUGUCUCAUGAGAAGGAGCCUCUGGGAACAGCGGGUCCUCUGGCUUUGGCUCGAGAGCUGCUGAACGUCGACAACGAGCCGUUUUUCGUCCUCAACUCGGACGUCAUCUGUGAUUUUCCCUUCAAAGAUCUGCUGCAGUUCCACCACAACCACGGCAAGGAGGGAACCAUUGUGGUAACGCGGGUGGAGGAGCCCUCUAAGUACGGUGUGGUGGUGUUUGAGGCGGACAGCGGCAGGAUACAUCGCUUUGUCGAGAAGCCGCAGGUCUUUGUCUCCAACAAGAUCAACGCCGGCAUGUACAUCUUCAAUCCCAGCAUGCUCAGCAGGAUCCAGCUGAGACCAACAUCCAUAGAGAAAGAGAUAUUUCCCGUCAUGGCGGAGGAGGGACAGCUGUACACCAUGGAGCUUCAGGGUUUCUGGAUGGACAUCGGUCAGCCCAAAGACUUCCUGACAGGGAUGUGUAUGUACCUUCAAUCCCUAAGACAGCACGCUCCCGAGAGGCUACGCACGGGGCCCGGUUUCCUAGGCAACGUUCUUGUGGACCCGACAGCGCAGAUUGGGGAGAACUGCACCAUCGGCCCGAACGUCACCAUCGGUGCCGGCGUGGUCGUGGAGGACGGGGUGAGGAUAAAACGCUGCACGGUGCUGAAGGGAGCACGGGUUCGAUCGCACUCCUGGUUAGAGAGCUGCAUUGUGGGCUGGAGCUCCUCUGUCGGCCAGUGGGUUCGUAUGGAGAACGUGACGGUCUUAGGGGAGGAUGUGAUCGUGAACGACGAGCUUUACCUAAACGGCGCCAACGUCCUGCCUCACAAAUCCAUCAACGAGUCGGUCCCAGAGCCACGAAUCAUCAUGUAGCAUCGGGUGGAGGAGAAAAGCCCGGCGCCUUUUUAUACGAACUCGACUCAACACCCAAACUGUGCCAGCGAGAGAGAGAGACGAGCAGACGGGUGGAGGAAAGAAGGAGGAAAGAGGUGUAUUUUUCUUUUCUUUUUUUAAAAUUAAUUUGGACUCGUUUUUAGCCCUGCUUGGCUGCAUCGUCCAUCAAUCAGAAGUGAUGGCGUUAAGCAUGAGCUGUCAAAAAGCUUCCUGGGCCGUCAGGAAGGUUUAUACUUCUGUCAGAGCUGCAGGUGAAACAUCAAACGCUAACGUCCUGAAUGUGGCGGAGUUUAAUGUCUCGUGUAAACACCGCUGUAACGGAGCGAGGGUUUGAAGGAGAGCACUAAUGUGGGCGGGUCAGAUGGUGGAGGGACUAAUGUGAAGUAUAUUCGGGGAGGGGCGAGUGAUAGAGCGAUAUGAACACGGCUGUUUAGAUUCACUAUGCAUUUACACUUCCUGGACAGGAACAGAGCGUCAGUGAGCAGGCACGGAGGGAUCAUUCUGCGUGUUUCUCUGUAGCAGAAACUGGCAUCAUGACUGAGAUUUCUGAUCUGACACAUAAAACUAAAUGCAGUAUAUAAUGAUUGUUCGUCAGUAGGUUAUAGUUAAAGCUGUGUCAGGUAAUUAGUUAAUGCAGGGUUCCCACUGUCAUGAAAUUUCUGGAAAAGCUAUGAAAUUAGAAAAACUGUUUUUCUGGCCCAGAAAUGGUUUUUAAUUAACUAGGGCUGGUUUUUUAAAAGUCACAAUUAAUUGCAGAAUUUCAAUAGUAAAUUGUGAUUAAUCACUUUUUUUCACAUUUUCAAUUGCAUUAUUUUGCAUUUAAAAACUAUUUUGAAGUCCAUAUUAAGGUAAAACAAUUCUUACCAGACUCUCUUGAUUAGGAAUCAAAUGGCAGCAAAAACUUGCAUAUAGUGGACAUGUAUGUAAAGGGGAGACUCUUGGGUGCCCACAGAACCAUGACAUGAUGCCAGCAUGACGUGUUAGUACCUCAGGUCUUCUAGUUUCAGAUGAUACCGCUAUCAUCACUGUAGCUUUAAAACUCAGCCCGUUACAGCCUCUUAAAGACAGGAAUGUCGGCCAGUGAUUGACGCGAUUAAAAAAAGUUAUGCACGGACCGUAAUCACAUUGCGAUUACUGCGUUAACGCUGACAGCAAGAGUUAUAAUAAUAUUUUGGAAGAGUUUUUUUUACAUUGUUUUGGUUAUUAUUUAAAAUACUGUAUGUUCUUAGAUUCCCGAAACCCAUGGCUAAUGUAAUGCAAAACAAGUUCCUUGUAUUAGUAAUUUAAAUUUAGUGCUGCGCUGCAGGAUCAUCACCAUCGCCAGGACCACAGCCCCUCUGGGGGAAAGACUCACUGGUGGUUUCCAACUGGUCCAGCCACAGGAUCCAGAUCUCUCCCUCGUCAUUAGUUCAAGGUCAACACCUAAAAAUGUAAAAAAAAAAAAAAAAAAACACUUGGGCUGAAACAAUAAUGAAAUACAAUUUGUUGCAAGAAGGGUAAUUACUCAAAACUUAGCGAAUAAAUAGCACUGCAACUAAAAAGGUGCAUAUUAUUCCAAUGACGUUACAAAGGCACAGCAUGUUAAAAGGCCAAAUUAUACCAAGAACAGGGCAAUAAAAUAAGUGCUGUGCUGGGAAAAAAAAACAGGUUGGCAUGAUAAACAAGGCCCUUAACAAGGACUGUACUUCAAAACAAAGUGCGUUUUUUUUACAGUUUUGACAUGAGUAACUUGCAGUCCAAUCAGAAAGAACCCGCGACCCACUUCUGGACCAUGACUCACCAGUUGGGAAACACUGAUAGAAGGAAAAUGCAGAAAAGCUGUUUUGGGGUAACCAAGGCUUUCACACUGAGACUUGAGGCACAUAAUAUACGUGAGAAUUACUGUCAGUGUGAAAUAUAAAUAUUGGUGGUGACAGUUAGUGCUGAUGGAUAGAUAAGAUUAACUUGGCUGCUGCAGUGCAGUUAUAUGAAUAUGUAUUGACGUCCGGAUAAGAAAUAUCUGGCCACUGUGUUUGGUCAUUGAUCCACUUGGAACGGGGUAAACCUGGGACCGUAUUCACAAAGCGAAAUUUUAACAAAAUUCUUAGAAUUAUGACAUUUUUUAAGAAUUUCUCCUUAAAGUUAAGACUAGAUCCUGGUAAAGAUAAAUGUUAUGCACAAAGCAUCUGAGAUCUUAAAAGAGCUCCUAAGGUAAAAACUUAGGAGUAGGCAGGAGGACUUUUAAGGAACUUAAAAGUUUCUGAAGGCAGAAAUACUUAAGAGGUCGUAGAAAUAUUUUUCAAAGCUUGAUGACAGUGAGUUAAUGAAAACGAUACAGAUUAGGUGGUGCAGAGUAAAUGUUUGUGGUCAGUGUCAUUAGAGAUGCGUUCACAUUUACCUAAAAUAAUAUAUUAAACUAUAACACUAAAAAUAAUGACAUCACAACACUAAGAUAUUGGAAAAAUAGUCUCAUAUUGUGAUGCAGUUAAUUUGAUUUCCACUGGGUGUCCACACAUUGCAGCUUUAUAAAAGGGCCUGUCUGUGACAACCAAUCACAUCUGUUACAAGAAUGCAUUAUACAGGGUAUUAACAGAGUCAACCGCACCUCCUUACUAAGAUAAAAGUUUCUGUACCUUCUUUGCUCAGAUUUUUUUCUGACAAUUUUCCUAAAUCACUCCAAAGUUAGGGCUCUUUACUAGAAUUAUUUAGUCUAAGUUAGGCGCUCUCUGAGAUUCUUCUCAGCAUUUUUGUGAAUACGGUCCCUUUGUUUUGUGAAGUACCCGUAUGUGCCGGUCUGGUCCUUUGGCAGUGAGUGAAGUUUGCAAGCGCUGGACGCUAAAUAAUAUAUAGCUGUAUUGCUAUAUAGGUCUUCCCAUUUAAAUACUCAAAUUAAUGAAAAUAAGAAAAUAUUAUAGACAAGUUAUAAAAAGAUUUUUGAAUGUCAUUUGUAAAAUUGUGUGGGAACCCUGUUAAUGGCUUCUUUAGAGCAGCAGAACAAGCUGUAAACACAAACAUCUAACAUAACAUGAAGUUGUUAUGGCAAAGAUUUGAUUACUUAUACAUCUAGCAGAGGAACAUCAUUCAGUCAGUCAUGUUUGUGUCCACCUGAUGAAUGUAAUUUGAUCUUUUUUUUUUUUUACAUAAAAAGAUUAAUUAUUGCAGCUUUAAUCGGUUAUAGAUUUGGUGUUAAGUAUGUCUCGAGUUGCCUUGUUGAACUCUUUUUUUUUUUUUUUUUUUUUUCAUGAAAACUGUGCGCUUCAAUGCCAAACUGGUUACUGCUCUAUAGAAACUGAACAAAACGUCGUUUUUUUUUAUAACAAACUGCAGUUUAUCAAGGCAUUUGAGUCAGGCGGUGUCUGAUAUAAUCUGCUUUGAAAUAACAUAUUUUUCACUCAUGUUUAAGUGUUUCUUGAAGAAUACCUUAUUUCUGCCGAGGUCCAGUGGUUUCACUCAUCAUCGUGCUGCAGUGAUGUCACGGCGUGCUUCAGUACUUGUCUUGUCAGUGACGCUGGAUGAAAAGUCAGAUGAUCAUUAACAUUUAUUAUUUUAGGGACCGUGAAUUUUGGAGCCAAAUUUCAUGUCAGUCCGUUCAAUACUUUCUCCUCGCUGAAACCUUGGACCGACAGACUGAGUAUUUUUGCCGAAUUUAAUGUCAGACAUUUUGAAUUAGGUAUGUUAACCCUUUGAAACCUGAGCAAAUUGGCUUCAGUUCUGUCAAAAACAUCAGCGAAGGGCAACAAGCAGUUUAAGAAAUGACCCAAAAGCUGUGAAGAGAUCAGUAACAAAAAACCUUACAUGAAAAUUGGCAACA